AAAUUUGGACAAGACUUAAGAGAGAGACAGAAGUCAUUGAGUUAUUAAAUUUUCAACUGAGAAAACAAAGCGGUUUGCUUUUGUAAGAGCCGCUCGUUCUUCAAGACAACACACUACUCUCUUUCUCACUCUUCCAACUAUUUUCCUCUCUCUCUCUCCCCUUGAAUUCCGACGAAAUUAUGUUUCACUUUCCCUUUUAAUUCCUUGUCCUUUUUUCUUUCAGUAACUCAUAACUCGUUUGCCUCAAAAUUUUGUUGGCGUAAUCCGACUUCAAGUGGAGACUGAAGCUAUGAGCUUUACAAGUCGACAAGUGUUUCUUGUUCUCUCUGUUUUAGCCUUGACAACAAUGCCCUUCUCCGCUGGAGUCACCAAUCUUCGAGAUGUUUCAGCGAUAAAUAACUUGUACAUUACUUUGGGAGCACCGUCUCUACAUCGGUGGCUUGCUUUUGGAGGAGACCCUUGUGGAGAAAAGUGGCAAGGUGUUGUCUGUGAUUCCUCAAACAUCACUGAAAUAAGGAUACACGGCAUGAAGGUGGGUGGAAGCUUAAGUGACACCCUCGCUGAUUUUUCAUCUAUCCAAGUCAUGGACUUCAGUGACAAUCACAUCUCAGGGACAAUUCCACAGGCUUUGCCUUCUACCAUCCUAAACCUAUCUCUCUCUAGCAACCGCUUCACUGGGAAUAUACCCUUUACACUGUCCUUUUUAACCGAGUUGUCAGAACUGUCGUUAGGGAACAAUGUUUUAUCAGGAGAGAUUCCAGAUUACUUUCAGCAGUUAACAAAACUGACUAAACUGGACUUAUCUUCUAACAUACUGGAGGGCCGUUUACCUCCCUCAAUGGGAGACUUAGCUGCUCUCAAGAUACUAUAUCUGCAGGACAACAAGCUCAUUGGAACGCUUGAUGUUAUAGAAGAUCUCUCCUUAACCGAUUUGAAUGUAGCAAACAACUUAUUCUCUGGACCUAUACCUCCAAAUCUAUUAAAAGUCCCAAACUUCAAAAAAGAUGGAACUCCAUUCAAUACAUCAAUUAUAACACCGCCUCCACCUGCUGCUGAUCCUCCUCCCGCUACUCACCAUGCUCCUCCUCUUCCUCGUGUCCCUCCUGUCUCCAAUAUUCCCCCUGCUCCUUUUUCUCCACUGCUACCAUCACCACCACCACCACCUUUGGUUUGGUCACCACCUUCUGAUAAUGUAGGAGGUGAUCCCUGGAACCCUGUGUCAGGACAACCAACCUUGCAAAUAUCACCUCCUUCAGGUUCAGGGUCAGGAAAAUUCUGGUCCACACAGAGAAUCAUUCUAGUCGUGUCCUCAGUAGCCAUCAUUGUUCUCGUAUCCGGCUUGUGUGUUACACUUUGGAGAUGUUGCAAAGGCAAGAAGUAUAACAGAUACGGAGCUGAUGCUCGUAAAGACUUUCAACGACCAUACUUCAAUAAACCUCCAUCUCAACCAACCCCCACUUUGGGAAAAGUUUCUAGGGAGCCUAUGGUUAAGCCUUACGAUGGAUACGGAGGUGGAGACAGGAAGUAUGGUUAUCCUAUGCCGCCACCACGGCCUGAAGAGAGCAGGAGAGCGAUUCCUCCUGCUUCAUAUUACAACAAGGAUGUGCAGAAGCCGUUACAACAACCACCGAGGCGUUUCCAGUCUAAUGACGAUGCUGCUGCUUCAAAGAGAGCAGCUCAUUUUCCUCCGGGGUUGAAUUCUUCAUCUUCGGCUACUGUUUUCACCGUUGCUUCACUUCAGCAGUACACAAAUGGUUUCUCUGAAGAGCUUAUCGUCGGUGAAGGGUCGCUUGGUAAUGUUUACAGAGCCGUCUUUCCUCAUGGCAAGUAUCUUGCGGUGAAGAAGCUGAGCAAUACAAUCAACAAAACGCAGAGUGAUGGGGAAUUCCUCAACCUAGUCUCCAAUGUCUUGAAGCUUAAACGAGGGAAUAUAUUGGAGUUUCUUGGUUACUGUAACGAGUAUGGUCAGAGGCUGCUUGUGUAUGAGUACUGUCCUAAUGGAUCGCUUCAAGAUGCAUUGCAUUUGGAUCGCAAACUGCACAAGAAGCUCACGUGGAAUGUGCGUAUUAAUAUUGCGUUAGGAGCUUCCAAGGCACUACAGUUCCUUCAUGAGGUAUGCCAACCGCCGGUUGUACACCAGAACUUCAAGUCUUCCAAGGUUCUCCUUGAUGAAAAGCUAUCAGUCCGUGUUGCAGACAGCGGUUUGGCUUACAUGUUGCCACCACGUCCAACGAGUCAGAUGGCGGGUUAUGCGGCUCCUGAGGUGGAGUAUGGAAGCUACACUUGUCAGAGCGAUGUAUAUAGCCUUGGUGUUGUGAUGUUAGAGCUGCUCACUGGUCGCAGACCAUUUGACAGGACGAGGCCGAGGGGACAUCAGACACUAGCGCAGUGGGCUAUACCUAGGCUUCAUGACAUCGAUGCGUUGACAAGAAUGGUUGAUCCGUCGUUACAUGGAGCAUAUCCGAAGAAAUCUUUGUCACGUUUUGCAGAUAUCAUAUCACGUUCUCUCCAGAUGGAACCAGGAUUCAGACCGCCCGUAUCAGAAAUUGUCCAAGAUCUUCAACAUAUGAUCUAAGAUAUACAAGCCAACGCAGAAGGAUAUUUUAUUCGUCAGAUUCUUGUUUAUUCCUUUGAUGUAAUGUAACGUAUGAAGAACAAUCCAGUUGCAGCUUUUAAUUACUUGUUUGGUAGGUUAACGUAUGAACAAACCGUGGUUGAUUUUGGAAAUGUCUGGGGACGUGAAAAUA